UCAGCCUGGCCGGCCCGCGUUACAGCCGCGUCUCUGCCGGCUCCUGCGGGGUCGCCGCGCCCGCCCCAGCCCCGCCGCCCCAGGCCAAGGCGGGAGCUGCCCGCGCGCUUCUCGGAACAUGGCAGCCUGCGUGUGGCUCAUCCUGGAAGGAGGUGACCUUGGCCAUUGCGAUGCCUAAGAAUCAAGGCUGACCCUCCCCGACUGCUCCCUGGCAUGUGCCUCCGUCUUCUCCCCGUCACUGCUCCUGUCACUGCUCCGUGUGGCUUCUGAGACAUGGGGGAGAACGAGGACGAGAAGCAGGCCCAGGCCGGCCAGAUCUUUGAGAACUUCAUCCAGGCCUCCACGUGCAAAGGUACCCUCCAGGCCUUCAACAUCCUCACGCGACACCUGGACCUGGACCCUCUGGACCACAGAAACUUCUACUCCAAGCUCAAGUCCAGGGUGACCAGCUGGAAGGCCAAGGCUCUGUGGUACAAACUGGACAAGCGCGGAUCCCACAAGGAGUACAAGCGAGGGAAGUCAUGCAUGAACACCAAGUGUCUGGUCAUCGGAGGAGGGCCCUGCGGCUUGCGCACCGCCAUUGAACUCGCCUACCUGGGAGCCAAAGUCGUCGUCGUGGAGAAGAGGGACACCUUCUCCCGGAACAAUGUGCUGCACCUCUGGCCUUUCACCAUCCAUGACCUGCGGGGUCUGGGAGCCAAGAAAUUCUAUGGGAAGUUCUGUGCUGGCUCUAUCGACCAUAUCAGUAUUCGUCAGCUACAGCUCAUCCUCUUCAAGGUGGCCCUCAUGCUGGGAGUGGAGAUCCACGUGAAUGUGGAGUUUGUGAAGGUGUUGGAGCCUCCUGAAGAUCAAGAAAAUCAAAAAAUCGGCUGGCGGGCAGAAUUUCUCCCUGCAGACCACACUCUGUCGGAGUUUGAGUUUGAUGUCAUCAUCGGCGCUGAUGGCCGUAGGAACACCUUGGAAGGAUUCAGAAGGAAAGAAUUCCGCGGGAAGCUGGCCAUUGCAAUCACUGCCAACUUCAUCAACAGAAACAGCACUGCGGAGGCCAAGGUGGAGGAGAUUAGCGGAGUGGCUUUCAUCUUCAAUCAGAAGUUUUUCCAGGACCUUAAGGAAGAAACAGGGAUCGAUCUUGAGAACAUUGUUUACUACAAGGACUGCACUCACUACUUCGUCAUGACUGCUAAGAAGCAGAGCCUGCUGGACAAAGGAGUCAUCAUUCAUGACUACGUUGACACGGAAAUGCUGCUGUGUGCGGAGAACGUGAACCAGGACAAGCUGCUUUCCUACGCCCGAGAGGCCGCAGACUUUGCCACCAACUACCAGCUGCCAUCUCUGGACUUCGCCAUGAACCACUACGGGCAGCCGGACGUGGCCAUGUUCGACUUCACCUCCAUGUACGCCUCUGAGAACGCGGCCCUGGUGCGCGAGCGCCAGUCCCACCAGCUGCUCGUGGCCCUGGUGGGCGACAGCUUGCUCGAGCCCUUCUGGCCCAUGGGCACAGGCUGUGCCCGAGGCUUCCUGGCAGCCUUCGACACGGCUUGGAUGGUGAAGAACUGGAACCAGGGCACAUCCCCCCUGGAGGUGCUGGCUGAAAGAGAGAGUCUUUACCGGCUGUUACCUCAGACCACCCCGGAGAACAUCCACAAGAACUUUGAGCAGUACACACUGGAUCCGGGCACGCGGUACCCAAACCUCAACUCCAGCUGUGUCAGACCCCAUCAGGUGCAACACUUGUAUGUCACCAAGGAGCUACACCGGUUCCCUCUGGAGAGAAUGGGCUCGAUGAGAAGACCCAUUGGCCUCUCCAGGCAAGAAUCCGACAUCCGACCCAACAAGUUGCUAACCUGGUGCCAGCAGCAGACCGAGGGCUACCAGCACGUCCGUGUUACCGACCUGACCACAUCCUGGCGGAGUGGCCUGGCCCUGUGUGCCAUCAUCCACCGCUUCAGGCCAGAGCUGAUUAAUUUUGACACUUUGAAUGAAGACGAUGCUGUGGAGAACAACCAGCUGGCGUUUGACGUGGCCGAGCGAGAGUUCGGCAUCCUGCCAGUGACCACAGGCAAAGAAAUGGCGUCCGCCCAGGAGCCCGACAAGCUGAGCAUGGUCAUGUACCUCUCCAAGUUCUACGAGCUCUUCCGGGGGACUCCCCUGAAGACCGUGGAUUCCUGGGGCAAGAACUACCGAGGAAAUACUGAUCUCAGCUUGACCAAGGCAUCCAUUCCUCAUAAUUAUCUCAAUCUCACACUGCCACGGAAGAGAACGCCGCGAGUGGACGGCCAAACCCAGGAGAAUGAUGUGAACAAGCGGAGGCGGAAAGGCUUCAACAACCCGGACGAGACAGGAGCUCCCGGCGGACUCCUGUCCUCCCCUGGUGAAGCUCGAGAUAGGGAAGGGAAGAGAUGUAUAGAGGGGGAGAUGCUGCCAUCCACGGAGCUCCCGUGUGGUGCUGACGGCCCCGGCCCAGUCUUCACAGAUGGGAGAGAGUGUGCCCUGCAGCCUUCAGCUUUUUCCAGCCAGAGGUUGGGUUCCAUCCAAGAUGGUGGCAGCAGUAAAGAAGGUGGAAAUCAGAACAAGGUCAAGUCCAUGGCCAACCAGCUGCAGGCGAAGUUUGAGGAGAACUCUCGGAACCCCACGGUGCAGAAGCAGAGCGGCUCAGGAAUAGGUAAGCCUGUUCAGCACUCUUCCUCUGACCCUCCUGUUAACUCUCACUGUCCCGAGCUGGAGAAGCCCACACCCAGCCCAUCACCUCCUCUGAAAAGGCAGAUGGCCCCAGUAGUUGUGACAGGGCACGUGCUCCGAGAGCUGAAGCAGCUGUCUGCUGGUGGCGAGGGCCCAAGCAGGCCCUGGAGAGCCCGCGCCAAGUCUGACCUUCUGCCAGGCCAGCACCCCUCUGCUCCGCCCCCCACCUGCCAGGGGGCUCUUGCCCUCUCGGGGGUGCUGCGGAGGCUGCAACAAGUGGAGGAGAAGAUUCUCCAGAAGAGGGCGCAGAACGUGGCCAGCAGGGAGUUUCACACAAAGAACAUUAAGGAGAAGGCGGCGCACCUUGCCUCCAUGUUCGGACACGGAGAAUUCCCUCAGAAUAAGCUUCUCUCUAAAGACCUGUCUCAGUCUCCUCCUCCGACUUCUCCCUCCUGCCUCCCAUCUCCUGACCCAGCUGCUACUUCCUCUCCAGCUACUGUGGACUCUGUUUCUCCCACCAGAAAGCUGACGGUAGGGAAAGUGUCCAGCGGCAUAGGGGCAGCGGCGGAAGUCCUGGUCAAUCUGUACAUGAAUGAUCACAGACCCAAGGCCCACAGCACCUCUCCAGAUGUGGAGUCUCUGCGAAGGACGGUUUCCGUGAACCUGGGCGGCAGCAGCGCCUGCUACUUCUGUAAGAAGCGUGUGUAUGUGAUGGAGCAGCUGAGCGCCGAGGGCCACUCCUUCCACCGAGAAUGCUUCCGCUGCAGCCUCUGCGACGCCUCCUUGCGACUGUCCGCUUACGCCUUUGACGGCGAGGAAGGCAAGUUUUACUGCAAGCCUCACUUCCUUCACUGCAAAACCAACAGCAAGCAGCGCAAGAGACCAGCAGAGCUGAAGCAACAGAGAAAGGAGGAGGGGACGUGGAAGGAUCAAGAACCGCCCCGCCGAGACCCUGCCCCGGAAAGCUCUUGUGCUGUGGCCAGCAUCGGCACCCCUGAAGGCAGCGCCCCAGGUAUCACCACUUCCUCCCUUAGGAGGGCGCUCGGCUGGCCACUCAGGGUGGCCUGGGGCCUGUGCCACUUCCCCCGGAGGCUGCUUACCUGGAUUCAGGGACUCCUGCGCGCCACCGGCCUCCACGUCAGGGACAAUGCCCACAACUACAGCUACACAUACGAGCUCCUGAGCCUCGGGCUGCCUCUCCUCUGGGUGUUCUCGGAGGUCCUGGCCUCCAUGUACGAGGAGUCCCGGGAGGCCCUCGAGAGCGUCCGCAUCUGGCUGCUCCGAUGCCUCCCCGUCAAGCCCCACUGACACACGGCCGCCCCCAGGGCCUUAACAUUUCCAGCGCAGAUGGUGCAGCGGCAGCUCUCUGGGACGCUGGCUGGGGAGCCCAGCACCCUUCCCGUUAGUGCAAAGCCAGAGCAGCGGUUCACACUGUUCACCUGCUGCUGGCCUUGUCAGGGAAAUGAACAGCCUGUCCACAGUGCUGAGGCCUGCACCACCGGAAGCUUGCUUUUGGUAUACGUGUGUGUGUGUGUGUGUGUGUGUGUGUGUGUGUCUGUGUGUCUGUGUGUGUGUGUUUAGCUUUGUCCUUUUUUUUUUAUAUACCAAAGUGAGCCAUGUUUCUGGGUUUACAUUUCAAAUUUUUAGGUUUUUUUUUGAGUAGUCAAGAGAGAGCAUUUUUUUUUAUCCCUGAGCAUCAGUUUUUCUAAACACAGGUAUAACAAAGCCCCCCCCCCCCCCCCGUCAUGCACAUCACUGCUGCCAUCACGGGGACAGUGCCUUUCCUUUUAUGUCUCUGAAUGCCACUUGUCCACAGUGGCAGUUCUUUGCAGUUUAAAAGUGUCACAGUCUUAGCUGAAAAGACUAGAGGGUCAGCAUAGACUUUCAGCAAAGAAGGUGCAUGGGAGCAUCAUGUGUGAUCGUCACGUUGAUCAUCCCCUGGAGGGGAGGGAGAACUGUUUACUCCCUCAAUCUGAAGUCAAAUUGUAGCUUAAAGAUUUUCCUUGGGCUGUCACAAGUAGAUGACCAUAGCACCAUGGGAUUUCAGCCAGAUUGCUGCAGACAAACGUUUUUCCUUCCCACUAAAGGGCAGUAAGAGCCCACGGGCCCCCAGCCACAGACAGCUCCAUCCAGCCAGUGCAGAGCAGCAGUGGUGAGUGGCCCAUCUUCCUCUUGGCCCCCAGUGCAGGCUCUCAGCUAAGCCAUGACAGCUCCAGUCUCUCCUGGUCAGCCUGAGGGAAAGACCUACCAGCUCUCCCUCAGUGAACUUUGAGACCAAGAGCUUUUGGGAGCACCUCAGGGUCCAGAUUCUGGGAAGCUUGACAUGCCAGUGAGCAUGGCUUGCAGACACUGAGCUGCCAAACCUAUUCGGUCAAAACAGACAGAAAUCAUUUAUGUUCACACUGUUCAAGCAACGGAGUGUGUCUGCUCUCCAGAGGGAAGCUCCUUUCUGUCUUGACUGGCUGGGAGGCUGAGAGUGGAAUUAUCUACUGAGUGAUGUAGAAAUAUAUCCCAGGAACAGCCUAACCAGAUGCUGGUCUAACCAUGUUCUUCACUCCGGGCAGUUGAAGGAGCUCACAGCACCUGGCCCUUUCUCCUUGGAGCUAGUUCAGCCUCCAGGCCUGGCUGAACAAUGGAGAGGGUGAUGGGAAGAGUCUUCCGUCACAUACUCAGUAUGUCUAGAGAACUGCAGGUCGGAGACAGCUUUACGCCUUUGGAACCCAAGAGCUUUCCUCUAGACUAAGUAAGGGAAGAGCUCAUAUAGGUCAGGAGUUCAGACUCUUUUUUUUUUUUUUUUUUUUUUUAGUUAUUAUCUUCAUUUAUUGGGUAGAGACAGAAAUCGAGAGGGAAGGGGGUGAUAGAGAGGGAGAGAAGCAGAGAGUGACACCUGCAGCCCUGCUUCACCAUACGCAAAGCUUUCCCCCUGCAGGUGGGGACCAGGGACUUGAACCUGGGUCCUUGCACAUUCUAACAUAUGCGCUCAACCAGGUGUGCCCCCACCCGGUCCCGUGGAGUCCAAACUCUUGAGAGCUUUGAGAUCACAAGUUCCUACAGGACAGGGAGAAGAGGGUGAAGCCCUUGGGGCAGUCAGGGGCCAAGUGUGGAGGCCAAGUUCAUGAAAACUGGUCCUUGCUUUGUCCUUGAUGCGAACUCUUCUCAGCCCGGUGACUUGCGUGGUGUUUUCCCAGACUUCCCAAGGUGCAGUGGGCCCUUGACUGACUGAUGUUUGACUCUAGAAAGUCGGUUCCCUAGGUCACGCCAGAGAAACAGGUGUGGGCCCGUUACUGCUAUCAGCAGCUCUGGGAGGACCAAGAGGCUUUGUGGAAUGACCCAGGAAGCCAGCUUGAGUUCUCUGAGAAUGCCAUCCGUAACUGUCAGGAGGCUGACUUGAAUGUCUCUGAUGAGACAGGGUGUGCCUGUCAAAACCCUGAGAUGUUUAUGUACCCCGAGACCUUGAACCUUCCUGGUGGGCACGCCAAAACACAAGGACGGGGAGCCCCCGGGGUGAAAAAUAGGCCUAGAGGCUCAGUUGACCCAGAGAGAUGAAGGGUGCUUCUGAAUGAAGUGCAGUGGAGAGGUGUCGCUUGUCAGUGACAGGCCUCUACUCUUUUUUUUUUUUUAAAUGAUUUCAUUUUGAUUUACAAAAUCAGGAGCUAACAGGGGUAGAACCCCAUAGUGUUCCCACCACCAGCGUUCUGUGUCUCCUUGCCUUUAUUGGAAACUGCAGUGGUCCUCCCAAAGAUGUCUGCCCUUUACCUAAGUGACAGGUCGACGCCCGAAAGGUUUGUGUGUCCCGAGAAAGCGUCGAUCUGUUAGGGGGCUAAGUUCCCCCUUUUAAAAUGGUUGCCUUAUUACCAACACCUGUGCCUUGCUCAGCUGCCAGUCAUUGUCUUUUUCUCCUCAGAUUAAAUUCUUUUCUCCAUCUCUCUCUCUCUCUCUCUUUCCCACUCCGCACUGUGGCCGUCAGUUCAUUUCAGCCUUCCAGUGCUACACCCACUUCUCGGCUGACACCCUUCUGCUCUGAGGUGACUGGUUCUCGUGCCAAUUUUCAGAGAGUGGUACUAACCCCUAACCCGCUUCUCCGUGCCUGCCGUGCGUCUUUCCGCGCCAUGGUACUGGUUGUGCUGUGAACGCCUUGCAUACUAACGGACUCGUUGGGUGGCAUGGUGGGUUAACAGCGUGGGGAGGGCGUGUCCCUCCGGGAAGUCACGUCUGACUCUGCUGACCUCUGAGCCUGCUGCCCGGUCCACACCAGGUGCAUGUCCCACCUCCCCGCUCCCCUGCCGCCUGCCUGCAUGUGAGCACGCUUCUGUGAUUGCACUGACAGAGCUCCUGAAGGGGCUGGCCUCAGCUGCGAGGCGGCACCACAGAGAGGCUAUGCGGCCUUUGGAAAGAACUCUUGUUGUCUAGCUAGCCGUUGAGAAUGCAUGUUGCAUCUGUCCAGAUGGUUCCGAUGCAGAUCACAGUGAUGUCGUGGAUCAAAGCCAAGGGCAGUUGUUUGGGGAGGGAUUUGAAAGCCUCACCCCGGGCCUCAUCCCCAGUUUCGAAUUUUGAACGCAUAACCGUGAUUUUCCAGCCGACCUCUCCUCUGACUCGGCCUGCGCUACAGACCCGAGGCUUUCGCUGGGGCUCUUGUCUCUCUUAGCUCCGAACACACCACAUGGUCCAGUGGCUUCUGCUGGACAGAUCCUCACCACAGGCCAGGAGGGGUUGAAGACU